UCUUCCAAGCUCUCUUCAUCCCCUUUCCCUUUCCAACGAGGGCUUCAAUCUCUCCCCAAUGGCGUCGGCUCGGGCCUCUCUGCGUGGAGACCGGCCGAUCCCUGUUGCCGUCAGGGCCGGCGGCCAUACUGUCCGCUCUCGGCCCAGCACUGUCAAGCGUUCCGUCGCUCAGAGCCUUCGAGCUUCUCUUGACGAUGAUGAAGAAUCUGGGAGAGUGAGAGUAGCUGUUAGGCUUCGACCAAAGAAUGCUGAUGAUCUUCUUUGGGAAUCAGAUUUUACAGACUCUGUUGAAUUACAGCCUGAGCUGAGGAGGUUAAAGUUGAGGAAAAAUAACUGGAUCUCUGAGUCUUAUAGAUUUGAUGAAGUUUUCACUGAAACAGCUUCUCAAAAACGUGUAUAUGAAGCAGUCGCAAAGCCUGUAGUGGAGAGUGUCCUAAAUGGGUAUAAUGGGACUGUGAUGGCUUAUGGUCAAACAGGUACAGGGAAAACAUUUACUCUUGGUCAACUUGGGAAAAAUGACGCAUCUCAACGUGGUAUCAUUGUCCGAGCUUUGGAGGAUAUUCUUGCUGAUGUCUCUCCUGCUUUUGAUACUGUAUCUGUCUCCUACGUGCAACUAUAUCUAGAAUCAGUUCAAGAUCUAUUGGCACCUGAAAAGAUCAAUAUUCCAAUUGUUGAGGAUCCAAAGACGGGUGAAGUUUCCUUACCUGGUCUUGCUAUAGUUGAAAUUAGGAACCUUGGCCAAUUUAUUGAACUUCUGCAAAUUGGUGAGGCAAAUCGACAUGCAGCAAAUACUAAGCUGAACACUGAAUCUUCUAGAAGUCAUGCAAUUCUAAUGGUUCAUGUCCAAAGGUCUUCCAAAAUAAAAGAUGAAACUGAGGUCUCUCAAGGAAAUGAUACAGAUCGAAGUAUUUCUUCUCAACAUGUGUCAAUGAUCUUGAAAAGUAAAUUACUCAUGGUUGACCUCGCAGGGUCUGAAAGAAUAGAUAAGUCUGGUAGUGAAGGGCACAUGCUUGAGGAGGCUAAAUUUAUUAAUCUUUCUCUCACGUCUCUUGGGAAGUGCAUCAAUGCAUUAGCAGAAAACAGUCCUCAUAUACCAACAAGAGAUUCAAAGCUUACAAGGCUGCUUCGUGAUUCAUUUGGAGGCACAGCAAGGACAUCCCUAGUUAUAACAGUUGGGCCAUCUGCCAGACACUACUCUGAAACAGCGAGCACAAUUGCAUUUGGGCAAAGGGCAAUGAAAGUGGUUAACACGAUAAAACUGAAGGAAGAAAUCGAUUAUGAUAGACUCUGCAGAAAGCUUGAAUCUCAGGUUGACAGUCUUACUUCCGAGGUGGAGAGAUUGCAGAAACUUAGAGAUGAUGAGAAAGAGGAGAUGGAAAAGCAACUUAAGAACUGUGAAACCCAUUUAGCUGAAGCAGAAAAUCAGCUUGAUAUUUUCCAAUUGGAGGUUGAUAGACAAAAGAAACUCAGAGAUGAUGAUAAAGAGCAGAUGGAGAAGAAACUCAAAGAUUAUGAAGCAUUAUUAUCUGAAGCUGAAGAUCAGGUGGAGCUUCUUAAGUCACAGAUAAAUGAACAGAAGAAGCUCAGAGAUGCUGAGAGAGACUUGAUGGAAAUAAAAUUGAAAGAGCUCAACACCUUGUCCGAAGCUGAGACAAAUUUUGCUAAUAAAUAUGAGUGCUUAGAGAAGGAAAAAUCUCAAUUACAUGUCGAAAUCAAAAAAUUAAUGGAGGAGUUAAAUACACAGAAGGGCCGAAAUGAUCUGAUGAGUGGUGAAAUUUUUCGAUUGGAAAUGUGUUUAAAGCAAGAAAAGCAGCACCAGCUCAAAAAUGCUUCUUAUCAGAAAGUACAAGCAGACACUACUCAGAUGUAUGAGAACAAGGUAGCAGAAUUAAUCAAGAAACUAGAAGAUGAGCACUCUCUUGCCAUAAGUUUGGAGAAAGAGCUAAAUACAGUGACACAGAAGCUGAGCAAUAAUGAAAGAGCACUCAUGAUGUUGCAGAAUGACUUUGAAGAGCUUACUUUGAAUUUGGAUAAGAUAUCCACACUAAAUAAAGAGGCCACUAUUGAAGUUCAGUCUCUAAGAUUGGAAAACAAGAAACUUGCAUCAGAAAAGGAAUAUCUGAAUAAAGAGCUUAUAACUUCUCAAGAGAAGUUGUCCAAUGGAGAAAUGAAAAGAAAAUGUCUACAAGAUGAGCUUGCCCAAGUCAAAAAGCUUUUGCCUUAUGACACCAUGGGCCCUGAGGCUAAAAUGCAAUAUCUAUCAGAUAGUUUGAAUAGAGAUACAUCAACUCUCACCGCUUCAAUGAAUUUAUCGAAGUCUAACAAGCCAAGGGAGACCUUGUCUAGUCAAAAGGCAAAAAUCUCCAAAAUAUUUGAUGAAGUUGGCCUUUCAAAUGUCUUAACUCUGUUGAAGUCUGAAGAUUUGAAUGUCCAGAUACAUGCUGUCAAGGUGGUUGCAAACCUUGCUGCUGAAGAUUCAAACCAAGAAAGGAUUGUUGAAGAAGGAGGAUUGGAUGCUCUUCUCAUGCUUUUGGAGUCCUCUCAAGAUGCAACAAUCCAUCGGGUUACCGCUGGCGCUAUAGCAAACUUGGCAAUGAGUGGAAGUAAUCAAGACUUGAUAAUGAGGAAAGGUGGUGCUCGAUUACUAGCAAAUAUUGGAUCUAGAACAGAUGACCCUCAGACUCUUCGAAUGGUAGCUGGUGCAAUUGCAAAUUUAUGUGGAAAUGAAAAGCUGCAUACGAUGUUGAAGGAAGAUGGUGGUACCAAAGCACUGAUGGGAAUGGUCAGAUGUGGGCAUAGUGAUGUCAUUGCUCAGAUUGCAAGAGGCAUUGCGAACUUUGCAAAAUGUGAAUCUCGAGGAAUUAGUCAAGGACACAGAAAAGGAAGGUCUCUUCUAAUUGAUGAUGGUGCACUUACUUGGAUGGUUGAAAAGUCUACAGCAUUUUCCACUUCAACAAGACGGCACAUUGAGCUUGCUCUUUGCCAUUUGGCUCAGAAUGAGGCAAACACCAUUGAUGUUAUAUCAAGUGGAGGAAUCAAAGAACUGGUUCGAAUAUCUCAAGAAUCUUCAAGAGAAGAUAUUCGAAACCUCUCAAAAAAGGCAUUGCAUUCAAACCCUGUAUUUUUAGUCGAAAUGCGAAAAUUAUGAGAAAAAAAAAAUGUUGUGUAUAUUCACCCUUUAACAAAAUGUCCUUUUGAUAUAUCUUAAUUUGUACAAUUAAUCUCUUUAUAGCAGAAAUGCUAACCCAUCUGUAAAUUCUUCUCUUUCUUUUGAUCAAUGAUGAC